AUGGCAGGUGCUACCAUGUUGGCGCGCAUCAACAAGCCGUCCGACUUCGCCAUGACGAAAGUCGAAACGGAACACGACAGGAUUAUGGCACGCGAGCAACUGAUCCUCACGCAGGGUGAACUCUUAAAGAAAGAAGGUAAGGCCAAAGAACUGGCCGCCUUAAUCAAGGAGACCAGGCCGUUUUUGUCCGAAAUCAGUAAGGCGAAGGCAGCCAAACUAGUUCGGUCCCUGGUUGACCUCUUCCUGGACCUCGAAGCAGGCAUCGGGAUUGAAUUGCAACUGUGCAAGGAGUGCAUAGAAUGGGCCAAGGAAGAGCGGCGAACAUUUCUCAGGCAGUCGCUGGAGUCCCGGUUGAUGGCCCUGUACUUCGAUUCUGGAAUGUUUUCUGAAGCGUUGCAACACGGCGCAGUACUGUUGAAAGAACUGAAGAAGUUGGAUGAUAAAAAUUUGUUGGUCGACGUUUUAUUAUUGGAAAGCAAAGCUUAUCAUGCUCUGAACAACUUGUCCAAGGCUAGGGCUUCUCUUACUUCUGCUAGAACAACGGCAAACUCGAUUUAUUGCCCACCUAAAAUGCAGUCUUCUCUUGACUUGCAAUCAGGAAUCUUACAUGCAGCCGACGAGCAAGACUUUAAAACUGCUUAUUCUUAUUUCUAUGAAGCUUUUGAAGGGUUUGACAGCGUGGACAGUACAUCUAAUGCACUUAAGGCAUUGAAGUACAUGCUUUUGUCAAAGAUAAUGUUAAAUAAUGCAGAAGAUGUGCAACAGAUUGUGAGCGGUAAAUUAGCAUUAAAAUAUACGGGUCGCGAUGUAGAAGCAAUGAAGAACAUUGCAAGAGCUAGUCACAAAAGAUCUUUAGCAGAUUUUCAAAUUGCGUUAAAUGAAUAUAAAAAAGAAUUGGAAGAAGAUCCAAUUGUCAGAGCACAUUUAGAUACACUUUAUGGAAAUAUGUUGGAACAAAAUCUGUGUAGAAUCAUUGAACCAUACUCGAGAGUACAAGUUGAGUAUGUUGCCAAAUCAAUAAAUUUACCUAUGGAAAAUGUUGAACGAAAACUUUCACAGAUGAUAUUGGACAAAAAAUUCCAUGGUAUCUUAGACCAGGGUGAAGGCAUUCUUAUAGUAUUUGAAGAAGCUGAAAUCGACGAAACUUAUGAAUUAGUUUUAGAUAAUAUAAAUAGCAUGAGCAAAGUCGUGGAUACAUUGUAUCAGACUGCCAAAAAAUUAACAUAA